AUGACUGACGACGAUUGGCCGUCGGCCAAGUUUCGAGAACAUGUCAUUAAUCGAUUGUGAGUUUGAGAUUUUUUUUUGGGAGGUUUUGGCCCUUGGGUUUUUGAGAUUUUCAUGAAAGUUAAGGCCGGAGAAGCAUAUUUUGAAAUUUUUCUGGAAAAAAAUUGGGAGCUGGAAGUUUCAAACCGAGACCAAACUUUAUGCUAAAAUUUGAAAAUUAAUUUUUUUUCAAAUCAUUAACAUGUUGUUUUUCUUGCCCUCCAUCCCAAUAAUCAUUUUCCAGAGAACCUGAACUAGCUCGCAACCGUCAAAAUGCUCCAAACCUGCCAGUUCCCGGUGAUGCUCGACAAGUUGAAGAAUAUGUAUUCGCAAAAUGUAUGUCAAAAGACGAAUAUAUGCGAACUAUAGCUAAAGUCAUAAAUGCGAUAAAUUGUAACAGUAAAUCGGCGGCUGUUCCAUCAGUUCUUCAACCAAAUCAAUUUCACAGUCCUCCGUGUUCGACAGCUCAAAAUGGAAAUGGAGGAGGAGUUACACCAACUUCAACUCCAAGCAGUUAUCGAGCAGCAGUUCCACCAGAUCCACAACCAACAUCUGCACAGGCUCGAAAUCCAGCAACAUCUUCAGUUGCCACAACUCAAGCAUCUACAACUCCAGCUUCGAUUCCUACUCCAAUGUCACAAAUGCCACCAUCUUUUCCGUCGCCAGAAAUGCGACCAUUUUCAACAACUUCUUCAGCUGGUCCACCUUCACAAAAUGGUGCAAUUGCUCCACCAACAAUGGGACAACCCCCACCACAAAUGGGUGGAUAUGGGAAUAACGGAGGAGCUGGGUAUGGUGGAAUGCCACCAAUGUAUCAAGAACCACCAACAAGAGAUAGGAAACCGGGCAAAAUGGUUGAACCGGCAGCAGCUGGGCGCCCGCCAUGGGAUUCGCAAGGACAUUUAUAUCAACCACCACAAUGGGGACCUGGUCCAACUGGGCAUCCACAAAUGCACGGUAAGCAUUUUUUGGAGGGAAUUUGGGAAAGGGAGGAAUAUGGAAGACGCAUGUGGGAGCGGGAAGAGGAGGUUUAACGGGAAAAAUGAGAAAAUUUCUGAAAUUUAACUCAAAUUUUUUUUGUUUGAAUAUUUUCUUCAAAAAUACUUCAGGAAAUUUCGAUUUCUGAAGCUUUAAAUCAAAAAAUCUCUGAAAAACAUCGAGUUCUAGUGACUAAACUUGUAUUUUCAAUGUGCAUUCUCUAUUUUUUAACCCGAAUUUUCAAAGUCAAAAAUUCGCCCGAAAUUUUGAAUUUCGAUUUUUUUUGUAAUCACAUCAAAAUUACGAGUUUUCGAAGUUUUUGUCUGAAUUUUGAAAAUAGGACUAAACUUUUGGAAACCCUUGAAUUUUUAUUUGAAUUUGCGUAUUUUCCAGAAAGUCGUAUUUUCUGAAUUCUGAGCUUCUGUUUUGAAAUAUCUUAAUUUUAGAUAACCCAAAUUUAAUUAUGAAAUUUUAUCAUAGCUCUUCUAUAUUUCUUGUGGCUCGCGGUGGAAUUGUGUUGCAUCCCAAAUAUUUGUCCGAUAAAAAAUUGUUCAAUUUGAUGUCUGCACGCUCUCUCAAUUCACACAUUUUUUGUCUCAAUUUCCAAAUUUCGAAUUUUAUGAUUUGGCUUCCAGGCUAUCCAACUGGUCCAAUGAAUAAUGGUCAAGGAGGAAACGGGCCUCUUGCACACCAGCAACACAAUUCCUCCGCAGUCGCAGGUUCCUCAGGAGCCUCUUCUUCUGCAAAUCCCGCUCCUUCUUCCUCAUCUUCGGCUUCCGCUGCCGCAUCUUCUUCAGUUCUUGAAAAUUUAAUAAAUCAACCACAAUAUCCAGGUCAUCAUGCAAAUUCACAAAAUCCUGGACAACUUCCACCGUCACAAAAUGGACAAGUAAAUGGAAAUGGAGGAAAUGGAACAGGAGGAGUUGGAUCAACUAUGUCACCUGAAGAACAAAUGAUUUAUUCGAACAAAUUACGAAAAUUAAGACCGCAUGUUGAUAAUUUGAGGUGAGCGAUAUUUUUUGAGAAAAUUGUUUACUCUCAGAAGUGAAUUUUUAGCUUGAAAUAAAAAAAUUUAGAACUAUUUUUAAUUACUUUGAAAUUGUCUAAAAUGAAAUCCUUACAGAAUGCGCGCAAAUCAAUGCGAAGCUGAAGGAAAUCGAGACGCGGCUCAGAAAUUGGAAGUAAUGAUGGCAGUUUUAGACGGGCGACGUUUUGUCUCUCUUGAAUACCUCAAUCAUCUUGAGUGUUGGAUUCAAAAGAAGGCGGAAUUUCUGGCCGGCGCUGCUCCAUUAUCCCAUAUUUCACCGCAUCCUCAACAACAUCCACAACAACAUCGACAAGGAAUGCCAUUAGAUAUGAUGAAUGGCGGAGGACCUGUUGAUCACGGAAUGUAUCAUAACGGACCACCGAAUCCAUAUGCACAACAACAACAAAAUGGAUAUGGCGGAGGUGGAAUGGGACAACCGCCACAUCAUCAAAUGCAUCCACAACAACAAAUGUGGCAUCAUCAACAACAACAAUAUCAAAGAAAUCAACAAGAAAUGAUGAUGGGUGGACCUGGACCUAUGCAUAUGUAUGGAAUGCCACAUGAAAUGGCAUCACCAAUGGGUGUUGGUGGACCAGCUCAUAGACAUGCACCAUAUCCAAAUCCAGCAAUGAGAAAUAAUAUGAGAACUAUGAGUGGAUCUGGAGCUGGACAAAUUGGAAGAUCAGAUAGGAAUAGUAUUGGAAUGGCAUCGAAUUCAUCGUCGAGUUCUUUGAAUCAAAUGGGUGUUGGUGGCGGAAAAAUGAGUAAUGGUGGAGGAGGAACUAGUAAUAGUAGUGGAUUGGGAAGUGGAUUGAGUUAGUUUUUUUUGUGGGAUUUGUGGGGAUGGGUUUGAUCUCUGAGACUAACCUCGAUUUAUUAUAAAUGUUUUACUGGAAUUUUCGCCAAAUUUUUGGAAUUUGUUGAAAUAUGAAAAAAUUAACAAUCCUGAAUAUUUCGAAAGCUCUUCAAAAAUUUCUAGACUUAUUUUCGGGCUACCCAAGUUUUCCAAGUUUGAUUUGUUUUUAGACUCUCAAAAUUUUCCAGACUAUAUUUCAGGCCGUUCAAAUAAUUUAGGUUUAUUUUAUUCAAUACACGAUUUUUUACGUUCCAGAAUAUUUGGAUUUUUUUCCAAAUAAAAUACUCAAAUGAUAUCAUAAUAAUUCCACAUUUCCAAUUAUUUUAAAUUAAAUCGUUUGUUUUAUUCCAGGUGGACUCGAAGACUUUACCUACGAUGAUUUCUUGCCAAAUCCCGAUUCACUAACUUCAUCAAUUCAUAGCGGACAUGGAAUGGGUGGAAUGCAAAUGACCCCACAAAAUAAUCAGAAUUCGAAUGUUGGAGGUGGAAGACCUGUGUUGAAUGAAGCAGCGAGAAAAGAAAUGCAAACUAUGGAAUCGAGAUUUGAUAUUAAUAUGAAUACUGAAAGGCAUGAUGCUAAUCACGUUAUUGUUAGUGUUAAACAAAGUGAGUUUUUGGUGGGAAAUUGAUCUCUUGAAAUUUGAAAUUCCGAAUUUUUUGAGAAAAAUAAAUUUGAAAAAGUAACCUUUCAACUCUAAUUUUUGUGGAAAAAAGAUAGAUUCAAAUUUCGGAUCAGUCUUUUCUUUUCCACAUAUUCAUUUUCAAUUUCCCCUUUUUUUUUCCAGGAAAUCAACCAUUUCCACCACUUCGCCUUGUUAUUCCAUCAAAUUAUCCAGCUGGAACUGUUUCUGUUGAUCGAGCUGCAAUUGAUAUUGAUUCGUAUUUGUAUGAUGAUUUGCAAAAUGUUGUUCAUGAGCGAUUACUUCAACCGGGUCUCACAACGAUUACUGAUUAUUUGAAUGCUUGGGUACGGUAUUUUUUCAUUUUGGAUUGAAAAAAUGGAUUUUUGAUAUGUUUUUCUAUUUAAAAAUGGUUGUUUAUUCUAACGCUCUCGGAAAAAUUAUAUUCUUAUCAAUAAAAAUGUAAUUUCAGGAAGAACAAGUGACUCGAUAUUGUCAGAACCAAAGUCAAUCAGGCGGCAUGUUGGACACAGCAUUUGGAAACGAUUUUUUCUAUGAUAAUUUGUGAGUUUUCUAAAUAAUUGAAACAAUCUACAAAAAUUUCGUUUGGAAAAUUUUCAUAGUUUUUUAGUUCCGAAUUCUAGGUCGAACAACUUUUUCAAAAUUGCUCUCAAAAUUAACUGUUUCAAAAACAUCAUGAAAAAGAUAUUUCGAAAUUCAAAAAGUUCCUAAAUUAAAUUUUUUCAGAUCAACUGGUUUCUAA